AUGAUUUUAGUCGAUGGAGAGAAAUAUUCGUGUGCACAAUGUAUAAGAGGACAUAGAUCCUCUACAUGCCAUCAUGCAAAAAGGCCCUUAGUCCAAGUUCGUUCUAGAGGGAGACCUUCAAAUAACUCUACCCACAGAGUUGCUGUAUUUAGUUCUGAUAACCAAUUUACUCAAAACAAUACUCAAAACAAUACUCAAAAUAAUAUUCAAAACGAUACUCAAAACGUCACUCAAAACACUCAGGAUACACAGAAUGCACAGAAUAUGCAAAAUGAUAAAAAAAAACUGAUUAAUAGCGAUAAUAAAAUAAUUAAAAAAAAAACAGGUUGUUGCUGUUGUUCUCUGACAUCAUUGAACAGUAAGAAAAUUGUACCAAAUAUCACGUUUAGUCAAAAUAAUAAUUACGAUCUCAAUAAUUUCCAUGAAAAUAAGAACAAAACCAGUAAUUGCUGCAAAAACAAUGAUAAUUCUGUAAUAAUACUAAAAGCAUCAAAUAGAAAAUUAGUUGAUUUUUCUAAUGGUUCAUUUAAAAUAUUGGGAUCAUAUAAUGAAAAACAAAAUCAGAUGUCUUCAUUUACUUUAAAUCCUUUAAAAAAUUUAAAUAUUAAAAACAAAAAUAAACCCGCAACUCAGAUCACACACAAUCACAGUAAAUGUUGUCAUAAAAGAAAACUAAAAUUGAAAUUAAAACCGAAUAAAAGUUUAAACUUGCCUGCAUAUAUUCAACCAAAUCUCAAAGAUUCCUUAACAACCACUUCAAACAAUAUUAUUAAAAAUGAGGUUAAAAAUAAUACAAAAAUUAUAGCAAAUACAAACAACAAAAAUUAUAAUUUUAUGGAAGAAAAUAUCAUUGGCAAAAAAGCAAUAAGUAAGUUGGUAGCGACUAAGAAAAUACCUGACAAUAUUACUCAAAACAGCUUUCAGCAGUAUAAUCGAAACGAUAGUAAUUUAACAAAACAAAUUGAACUUGAUUUAUCCUAUCCACUAAUAGAUAGCAAUACAAGUAAUAAUAACAACAGUGAUUCUUCUGUAACUCCAAAUUUUGGCAUAAUUGGAGGUCUUGAUACCAAUAUUAUUAACAAUAACACUAAUAAUCAAAACAAUGACAUAGAAUCCAAUGAAAACCUUAUGUAUUUUGAUUUAUUUUAUGCUAAGGGUUGUACAGUUCCAGGAAGUUGCUCCUGUGAUGAAAGCUGUUUAUGCUCAAACUGCUUAGUUCAUAACAAAAACAAAAAUAAUGAUAUAAAUCUUACUAAUAAGAAUAAUAAUUCGAAUAUUAGUGAUAAUUAUAAUCUUGAUAAAAGCUAUCCUCAUACUACUUCAAUAAGCUAUUUUUUAAAUCAAUUGAAUUUACAAAAUAAUGCUGAAAAUAAAGUCUCUUCUUUCAAUAAUACUGCUAACACUAACUUUAAUAAUGAUAAUAAUAAUGAUAAUAACAACAAUAUUGUUAAUAUGGGUGACAAAAAUAGUUCGAUUUUACUUGGAAAUAUACUGAACUCGUUUGAGUUUUCAAAUCAAAAUAAUGAAUUAAGGCAAAUGAAUAAUAAUAAUAAUAAUAAUAAUAAUAAUAAUAAUAAUAAUGUUGGUUAUAUUGUUGAUGGAGCUAAUCUUAAUAAUUUUGCCAUUGAUGAAAAUUUUUUGUCUUAUUAUAAUACAUUAUUUGAUGUUGAAGAAGAUGAUAUUUGUAUUUGCGAUCCAAAUGAUUGCAGAUGUUAUAAUUGUAGUUUUCAUAACAUCUCUAAAGGUAUUAGAUUAACAGAUGGAAAACAAGUGGCUUCUACUCCUUCUAUUCCAUCAAGUCCCUCUAUCGAUGAACCAAAUUUUUAUAGCGAACUAAAUGAAAGUAUUGAAAACAACAUUAAUAAUAAUACGGAUAAAAAUCUGAAUGAUGAGAAUGAAAAUAAAUUUAAAGUCAGAAGAGGAGGAUGUUGUGGAAAAUUAUGA